UUCUUUUCUAAAAGCUCGGCGUUCUUGACUGCAUCUCGAGUUCCCACAGUCAACCAUGUUUCAUUGUAUAUACUGUGACGUAGAACGCAAUGGGGAAGCGAAUCUGUGACGUAGUUGGUACACAGGUGAAAACAAGACAGGUACCCUCAGAAUUUUUUUAGAAAAUAUGAAAAGAACAUACCGCUACCCAGAUGGCAGCGAGUACUCAGGGGACUGGCAGGAGGGGCAACGCCAUGGUUACGGAGUGAUGAAGUUUCCAGAUGGUUCCAAGUACUGUGGGAUUUUUGAUAAUGGACUGUGUCAAGGAAAUGGGGCCAUGUCAUUUUCGGACAAGUCUCAGUUUGAGGGUGAAUUCCAAAAUGGCAAGUUCAAUGGAUAUGGUAUCUUCACUCGAUCUGAUGGAAUGAAGUAUGAAGGGCAGUUUAAAGGUGGCCAGAUUUGUGGAUAUGGUUUGGUUACAUUUGCUGAUGGCAGUCAUGGUUUACCAAGGAAUGAGGGGUAUUUUGAGGGAAACAAACUCAUGAAAAGAGAGAAAUGUUCAGGGGCAAUUCAAAGGGCACGACAAGCUGUAGAGCAGGCCAGGUCUCAUCAGAGAUUCUCCUGAUUAUAAAUCUCUAAACAAGCCUUGACCUAUACUAUUUGUGGACAGUUUUUCUUGUGAUAUAUUGACAAUGGGUAUCAUUUAACAUGAUUUAUUAUCCUCUUUGUAUAUAUAAUGUAUAUCAUAUUGCAUGCACAUUAAUUUAAAAAGUAAGUCUUUGAAAUAUAUUUUAACAAAUAUAGUAAUAAUGGUGUAUAUCAUGAGACAAACAGUUCAUUCUGUUAGGAAAUUUAUUUUCAGUAAUCACUUCGCAUCAUUUGUGAUUUACAUAUCUGUACAUUCAUGAAGAGGGGAAGUUUUUCAUGGAUUCUGAAAUAUUAUAUACACAGACUUAAAAGAUUGUGUGAUAUACAUAUUGUGUAUUUAACUGGUAUAUAUACUUGAUCUGAAUAUGGUAUUAUACCAAAUUCUAUCUUAAUGCCUGAACUGAAUGUAUCUGUGAUUUUUUUUUAUUUUCCAGUGAUUGAAAUUGUAGAUUAAUUAAAUUCAACUACAGUCAGAUAUUUAUGCUAUGAAUUAUAUAUUCUCUUUAGAACAGUGGACAGACAUAGCCUAUGUAAGCUAUGCCUAUCCACUUCUCUAAAGAGAAUAUAUAAAUCACAUGUACAAGUCUAAUUAUGGUUGGGCUUGUAAUUUGUAGUUUAUAGUUGACUGCAGUUAAUGACUGUAUCAACAACAAAGUGUGAGACAUCAUCACAAUUACAUCGUACAUGCAUUUUAUUUUCUGUCCUUGUGUGCUCUCUGUAUUCAUUCUUUAGAUUCUUGUGAUUAAACAAUGGUGCUAUAUAUCACCAAAGAGCAGAAUUACCAAAUGCUCGACCUUUGAAUAAAAAUUUCAAAACAAUA